GGAUUCUGACAGCUUCUUUGCAGAGCAGAAGCAACUGUGCUCAAAAUAGAAACCACCGUUGCUCCCGCUGCCUUUCUCUCCUCGCUCCGAAUCCCACAGUUAAACAAGAUGUGCAAAGGACUCGCUGGUCUGCCGGCUUCCUGCCUGAGGAGCGCAAAGGAUAUGAAACAUCGGCUGGGAUUUCUGCUGCAGAAAUCAGAUUCCUGUGAACAUAGUUCUUCACACAGCAAGAAGGACAAAGUAGUAACUUGCCAGAGGGUGAGCCAAGAAGAAGUCAAGAAAUGGGCUGAAUCGCUGGAAAACCUGAUUAACCAUGAAUGUGGACUGGCAGCUUUCAAAGCUUUCCUGAAGUCAGAAUACAGUGAGGAGAACAUUGACUUCUGGAUCAGCUGUGAGGAGUACAAGAAAAUCAAAUCACCUUCUAAACUAAGUCCCAAGGCCAAGAAGAUCUACAAUGAGUUCAUCUCUGUGCAGGCAACAAAAGAGGUGAACCUGGAUUCUUGCACCAGAGAGGAGACAAGCCGGAACAUGUUAGAGCCCACGAUAACCUGUUUUGAUGAAGCCCAGAAGAAGAUUUUCAACCUGAUGGAAAAGGAUUCAUACCGUCGUUUCCUCAAGUCUCGAUUCUAUCUUGACCUGACCAAUCCUUCCAGCUGCGGGGCAGAGAAGCAGAAAGGAGCCAAGAGUUCUGCAGACUGCACUUCCCUAGUCCCUCAGUGUGCCUAAUUCUCACACAGAGGCAGAGAACCGAAAUGCCAAGACUCUAUGCUCUGGAAAACCUGAGGCCAAAUAUUGAUCUGUAUUAAGCAUCAAUGCUUUCUCCACAUUGUAGCCUAGUAUCCAUGCUGCCUGCCGUGUGUGAGUCACUUCCAUGUAAAACUAGACUUAGCUGUGGUGUGGGGGUUUUCAUUGGGGUAAGACCCAACUUGUUUUCAAUUUUCCCAAGUUUCCUUAAAGGGUGUCAGGUGAGCAAGUCUCCAAAUAAUGGCCCUGUAGGUCUGGAUUUUCAAAGAUGGUUAGUAGUCCACCCCUUCCAACAGUUUGACCUCAAGUUAGUUGGUACACUUCAUGUGAUGUCACAUGCACAUGCAAUGUCAGCCAGCAGCACUUCCUACAGACUUUCAACGUUUAGGUGAUAUUUGUGUAUGUGUAUGUAUAUAUUAAAUAUAUAGAACAUAUGCAUAUACAUUCUGUAUAUAUUAUAUCUAUGUAUUCAGUAUGUGUGAAUGUGCAUGAAUAUAUAUAUAUAUGCAUAUAUAUAUUUGUAUAUGUUCACACAUGCACACACAUUUCUUCAAGAAAAGAUGGGAAAGAUCCUUGGUGCUCAAAUUGGAGUGUGUACACAUGCUUGCAUGCAUGUUCUGACUUCUGGUCCUUCAUACUGUGUCUGAACAGGGCAAACUAAAUUAACUGCCAUGCAGGCUAAGAAAGGAACACUAACUUGUAAAAAGUGAGUUCCGUCAAGCCACUGGGUCUUGAUGGAGCAUAGUCAGGGCCUUUGUGUUUAAUCUCGUCAAUGGCCUCCACAUUGAGCACUGAGCUAUGGGGUGAGUACUCCGAAAACUCUGCUGUCUGACUGACACAGAGCUGCCUCGCACCGGUGAUUACUACUAGCACUUUUAAGUCCCUAUGCUGUUGGCCAUCCCUCCUUUGCCUGGGUGCUCAGGGCAUGCUGACUAGCAGCUGGGUUGGUCUGGAGAUGGAUGUUUGAGAGGAAUGAAGGAAUGCGGUCCAGGCCUUGUUGCCUAGCCCUACAAAUGACUACUGCUUAGGUGAGGGCAGAAGACCCCGAGGUUAUCUUAAUUCUUUCCUCUCUUGAUAAGGUGCUCUCCUAUUCCUACCCCCAAAGAACGUCACCUGUCAGAUGAGCCUCUUUACUUCCCCGUGGUUGGUUGCUCACGUUAGGAACCAUGGCCACCUGCAAGUCAUUCUAAGCUACCCGCUUACAUUUUUCAAAAGCAUCACCAGGGGGAAAGGUUAUGCUGUCCCAGGAGGAAGUAAGCUCUUAUGAGCUGUAAACCCCUUUUUGGUUUUCUGCUUUGAGGUAAGAGCUUGUUCAUCCCAUCCCAAACACCAAAGUUAGCAGAGACCAACGGAAGGAGAGAGGAAAGAAAAAAAAAAGAAAGAGAAGAGAAAAGAGGAGGACGGGAUAUCAGUUGGUAGGACUACUGUUUGGAGCUUUUUAAGGCACGUGAAAUACUUGAAAAUUUCUCAUUUGUGUUAUUUAUGUUGUUUUGUACAAUGUUUUUAUUACUGUAUUGUUUUAUAAAUGGAGGUACAGGAUAUUACCCGAAUUAUUAAUGAAUGCCCAAGAAGUAAUUUUCUUCUCAUUCCUCUAAAAGUCCUGCCUUUGAGAGCGCACACAGACUCGUGCAUACUGCAGGCACAGCUCCAGUUUAAAUUCCAUGCAUGAGCACCAUUGUGGCUGCAAAGUGAAGACACUCAUAGUGUGAAUCCAAGUCUCACCAUUAUUGAAGAAGUCAGUUUUCUAACAGUACUGUUGUCUCUCUUGACAGUCUUGCGUAUAAUAUCCCCAGAGCUCCCCCAUCAGUGGUCCUAACUCCUUUUUGUAAUACACAAGUCCACAGUCGUGUCUGUAUAACUCUCCGGUCUUGCCCUAAUAUUAUCAUGACUUUGAGAUUGUACCUGUACUCCCAGACUGCUGUCUCACAAAUAGGUCUGGGAAAAGUCAUUCUGAAUGAGAAGUAAAUUAUUUUAUGUAAUACAUCUUGAGUGUGUCUUCAGUUGUAUUUGCCAUCGCUCUUUGGUCUGGCGAGCCUGCCUGCUGCUGGCCCCUGCAAAGGACGCUCCUUCCAGAUGCAUGUCUGUUUCUGCCAUGUGCUUUAUAGGCCUCAGCGCUGAUGCUUCCAAUGAAACACAUAGAUCUGAAUGAUAACAGGAAAUAAAUGCUUCCUAC